UUUCCACCUACCACGACCUUUUUAUUCUUUUUCUAUCCACACACCAAACCAAACUACAAUCAUUAUCUUCAUCUUUUCUCUGCCACUUUCAUUACGAUUCUUGAUUUCCACAAAAAGAUCAGAUUUACCAUUUCAGAACAUAUGAAUCCAAGAAAGGAACUCCCUUUUCGACUUAUCAAAAAUUGAUCUCGUUCAGAUAUAUAUAUGGAUGUCUUACUACCAUAAUUCCCAAAGAGUUUUUACCAAAGCCAGGAACGGGAGUUAAACCUUUUGGCCUGACGUCAACUUCCAAAACCAAGAGCUCAUUUCAAGAAUUGAAGAGACAAAAAGAUAAAAGAAAAUAUGGAACCCCCACCACCAUCAGGGGUAAAGGCUCGUAUUUUAGAUGUUCCACUUCACGGGGUUGGGUUUGAGUUUGUAGAAAUUACACCCCACAAAAUCACUGGUCGUCUACCUGUGACAGAAAAGUGUUGCCAGCCCUUCAAGGUGUUGCACGGUGGAGUUUCAGCACUAAUAGCUGAGUCUCUGGCAAGUAUGGGAGCUCAUAUGGCAUCCGGUUUUGGACGAGUGGCUGGAGUUCAUCUCAGUAUUCACCAUCUCAAGAGUGCUCAUAUUGGUGACCUUGUUUUUGCUGAGGCUGCACCUGUCAAUAUUGGCAAAACUAUUCAUGUUUGGGAAGUUUGUAUUUGGAAGAUUGAUCCAAACAAUGAAGAAAACAAGACUUUGAUAGCAUCAUCAAGAGUCACCCUUAAGGCCAACAUGUCUGUACCUGAAAAUGCUAAAGAUGCUGCUGUCAAUCUCAAGAAAUAUGCUAAGUUAUGAUUAGGUUUAAUUGAGUUUGUUUGCAGCAUCUUUGAUUGUAUAAGCAAUACUGUAGAUAACUAGGCUUGUAGUGAUUAAAAAACAAUAAAUCCGAACUCAUGAUACUGUGAUUCAAAUUGUAAUUCUUUCCUUGUUGCAAUCUAAUUGCGAAGAAAACAAGAGAUGGGCUAAACCGAAUUUGGAGUUUGAUGCUCCAUCAUCAAUUAAUGGAUACCGUAAAUAAUUUGUUUCA